CCUCCGCUCGCGAUGCCCGCACGCACGAAACCACCCGCAGACAUCGACACCAUCGCCAGCGCCAUACCCAGGGUCUUUGAGCAGGUGCAGGCCACCACCGCCAACCACCAGAAGAACUUCAUCGCCCUCUACAAGCUGCACGCCGAUGCCGCGACCCACACCCAGUCCGUCCAGAACGCCAGGAGCAUCAAGCUCGUCGGCGAGCGCGCCUUCGAAGACUCCGUCCUCGACAUGCUCACUCGCGUGCUGCCCGUCAAGAAGGGCGCCAGUGUCGCAGACAGAGUCAUCAAGUUUGUCGCAGGCUACAUCAAGUUCAUCAACGAGAAAGCUGCUGAAGAGACGAAGGACAACGGAGACGACGACGAGACGACCGCCUCCAGAUUCGGCUCUCGUAUCAUGCGGUUCCUCCUCUCGGGAUGCGUGGCGAAGGACAAGAACGUCCGUUUUCGCGUCCUGCAGUGCGUCGCAGAGAUGAUAGCACAUCUCGGAGAGAUCGACGAAGAUCUCUACUCCGUCCUGCGCUCGUCCCUCAUGGAACGCGCGCGCGACAAAGAGCCCACAAUCCGCGUCCAGGCCGUCGCAGCGCUCUCCAAACUCGCCGGGGCCGAGGACAUAGCCGAGCUCGACGACGGCGAGCAGAGCAUCAUGGAUCUGCUCAUAGACUGCAUGAGAUACGACCUCUCCCCCGACGUCCGGCGCAUGGCACUCCUCAACCUGCCCCUCACCCCGGCGACCCUCGCGCCGAUCCUCGCUCGCACGCGCGACACAGACCCCGUCGUCCGCAAGCUCGUCUACUCCCACAUCCUCGAGCCACGCACCCUCACCGACGCCGGCGAGGUCGGCCUCACGCAUCCGCGCGCUCUCACUAUCGCGCAGCGCGAAGCGAUCGUGCGCAACGGGCUCGGCGACCGCGAGGACAACGUGCGCGCCGCCGCCGGCCGGCUCAUGGCUACGUGGGUGGACGUCGCCCGGGGCGCAGGACUGAGGGUCAAGAAAGAGGAGGAGGGCGGGGAGGGCGUGAGGGGAUAUGUCGUCGAUUUCCUGACGCUGUUUGACCUGGUGGAGGGCAAGAUCGCGGAGGACGCGUUGGUCAGCGUGUUCACUGUGCGGGCGGACAUCUUCGACAACAUUGGGUUUGAAGACGAGUACUGGGAGGCGCUGACCCCGGAACGCACCUUCCUCGCGCGUGUCUUCGUCGACCACUGUGUCGCGCAGAAGGACGACGCCCGCCUCGAGACCGUCCUCCCGGUCGUCACCGCUCUCGCAUUCCGCAUACAGGCAACCUACAACGAGCUCCUCGCUCGGAUCCAGCAGGACGAAGAAGACCGCUUGCUUCGCAGCGGCAUGUCCGGCGAAGACGAGGACGAGGAACGUGCGCGCAGGGAGGAAGAGCGAAUGGACGGGGAAUUCGUCAUCGGAGAGAUGCUGCGACUCGCCGUCAACCUCGACUACGCAGACGAGAUCGGCAGGAGGAAAAUGUUCCAGCUCGUCCGUGAUAUGAUCUCUCACGACGUUCUCCCCGAGAACCUCGUGGCGCGCUGUCUCGACGUGCUGCGCGUCCUCUCGCCGAACGAGCGCGACCUGAUUCGUGUUGUGGUCGAGGUGGUGCACGAACUCCGAGACCCCAGCGAGCCCGAGGAGGACAAUCCUCAGGUCAACGAUGGAGAGAGUGAACUCGCGAAGACGCCUGCAACCGUGCGCGUUCGCCCGCAGGGCUUCGGGCUGCCCAAGCCAGAGAGCGAGAUGACGCCCGAUGAGCGCGCGCGUGCAGAUGCGAUCGACCUGAGGUGCUUGGCUCUGUGCAUCGGUAUGCUGGAGCGAGUCAACGGGACGUUCGAAGAAAACUCGACGCUCGAAGGUAUCCUCGGCGAGUUGAUCAUCCCGGCUGUCAAGCGCAAGGAACUCCUGCUCCGGCAACGGGGGUUGGUCAGCCUAGGAUUGUGUUGUCUCAUUGCUAGGCGCAUGGCUCUCAACUCCUUCCAGCUGUUCCUCGGCCAAGUCCAGGCCGCACCGGAAGUGUUGAAGACGAGCGUCCUUCACAUCGUGUUCGACAUCUUGAUGGUGCACGAGGGCGACUUCCUCGGGCCCGGGAGCGCGAACGGCGACCGCAUCGUCACGUUCCUCCUCCACCUCCUCGAGACCGAGGAAACUGACAAAGUUCAAGCUCUGCUGUGCAUGGGGAUCGCGAAACUAAUGCUUGCCGGCAUGAUCACUGACGAGCGAGUGCUCAAGACCCUCGUGCUUGUGUAUGUCUCGCCCGAGACGGCUGAUAACCAAGAACUCCGGCAAUGUCUGGCCUACUUCUUCCCCGUCUACUGUUACUCGAGCCCACAGAACCAAAGGCGGAUCCAGCGAAUCUUCAUUCCGCUUUUCGAACAGCUUGUAGGCGCACUCCGCGAAUGGAGCGAGGACCAAGAGCAAGACCCCAUCACGAGCGCCCAACUAGGGCUCAUGUUCAUCGACUGGACGGACCCGCAGAAAGCAGUUCCAGUAGCGAGAGGUGGUAGGGAGGCAGACGACGGCGUCCAUGUCGACAUGGCGGCGGAUAUCGUCAAGGCGCUGUACAACCGAGACCUGGAGAAGGACGACAAGAAGGCAUUGUGUCAGCUCCUUGGGAAGCUUUACCUUCCCGAUGUGGUUGACGAAGACAAGAUCCGCUCCCUCAAGCUACUUGUACAGAACCUCCGUUCCCGCCGUCCGUUGCGAGACACCGCCUCGCAGAACGCGUUCGCAAAGUUCGACGACGCGCUGUCGAAGAAGUACGCGAGACAGCUAGAGGGCUUUAGCGAGGAGGAGUUCCGCCAGCUGGAGAACCUGGAUGCGCACGCAGGUGUGAAGGAUACCUUUGAGUUCCUGGACAAGAUCGAGCCGGACGAUGAGGACGAGGACGUCAAGCCGGCUAGGCGGACAAGGAAACGACGGUCGGGCAGCAUUGAAAGCACGAGCAGGGCGAGCAACGCGACUAGUGAGAUGGGUAGCAUCCCACCGUCACCGCGGAGCAAGUCACGGGGAAAGGCCAAGCGGCGCCGUCUCUCUGAAUCUGACGACGAGUCCGAUGAGGAAGAAGACGAGGGCACACCCGCUCCUACGGCCGUGCCCACCCGGAAUGUGCCCAAACGUUCUGCUGCGGAGAAGACGAGACGCGCUGUCAAAGCUGCCGUGACACCAGUGAAGAUCGAAGAGAGCGAUGAAGAAGAGCCAGAGGAAGAGGAAGAUGAGAAGGAAGACGAUGAGGAGAGCACGCCUGUACCAAGGCGACGCGGCAAACGAGCGCCGACGCGCGAUACGACGAGCCCUGGAUCGAGCGUGGCCCCUGACCACCCCUCCCCAGACGACGUGGCCCAGGACCUGAGUAUGAUCACGGUGGAGGAUGAGGACGACGCAGACGAGGUAGAGGAUAUAUUGUGAUGAUAAGUGACUUCCUGACGUGCCGGGGCGCUGGAUAUACCACCAUGUUGUAUGCAUUAUCUGUAUUGUUUUGUUUUGUUUUAUCGCUAGUAGUACUAGCAGGGACCUGUCUGUUGUCCGACUCCGAGAAGGAUGGUUGGAAUCACGAGACCGCGACGCGAGAGC